GGCACCCGCUGAGCUGCCUCAGGCGCCUGCUGCAGGAACGAAUAGUGAAAGGCAGGCAGGAGAACUUUGAAUUUCUACCAGAGAACAGGAGCUGGGCCUGCUGGUGCAUCUUCCAUGGGCGGGCUCCCAGGACCAGGAGGGUUUCUUCAACCUGCUGAGCCACGUGCAGGGCGGCCGGAUGGAGGAACAGCGCUGCUUGCUGCAGGCAGGACCAGGCCCGGCAGCCGAGAGCCACGGCACUCCCGCGCCUGAGAUGGACAGCCUGAUGGACAUGCUGGCCAGCACCCAGGGUCGCCGCAUGGAUGACCAGCGGGUGACCGUCAGCGCCAUGCCUGGCUUCCAGCCCAUGGGGCCCAAGGACGGGGCCCAGAAACGAGCCGGCACCCUCAGCCCCCAGCCCCUCCUCACACCCCAGGACCCGUCUGCUCUCAGCUUCCGGCGGAACAGCAGCCCCCAGCCCCAGACACAAGCCCCCUGAGAGCCGAGUAAUCAUGGGCCCCACGAGGGCCCCCAAAAGCAAAGAAUAAAACAUUUCCUCGAGCGA